AUGUCGGGUUUGUUCUCACUAGGUGGAGGGUUUGGAAUUGGUAAAGACGAGGAAGAACAGCAACAUGAUCAUCACAAUCAAGAGCAGGAAGAUAGUAUAAUCACACCAAAUAGUUUAUAUUUGUUCAAAAACGAAGACAUCUACAGCAAAGGAUUCGAACUAUGGCAACAAUAUUACCAGCUUCACCAGCACCGCCAGCAGAACCACAAUCAGCAACCGCUGCAUUAUGAUUUGUCUGUCGGUGGUGGUUGUACAGGUAGGAGAAGAAGUAGCACGGCGAGUGGUGGUGUGGAUGAUCUUUGUCUUAACAGUAACAGCAACAACAACAACAACAAUCAUCAUCAUCUUUACGCGUCUUCGUGGAAUUUCGUUGAUAGAUCAAGUGGAAGUGGUGACGAGACGAAAGCGAUGAGGCAAACUGGGUAUAGCAUCGGUGGCGGAGAUCAUGGUGGUGGUGGCAGUGGCAGCGGUGGUGGUGGGAUGAAUUGUCAAGAUUGUGGUAACCAAGCAAAGAAAGAUUGUCAGCACAUGAGGUGUAGAACUUGCUGCAAAAGCCGUGGGUUUCAAUGUCAAACCCAUGUCAAGAGCACCUGGGUUCCCGCAGCUAAACGCCGGGAACGUCAACAACAGCUCUCUUCGUUAACGCAACAGCAACAGCAACAGCAUCACCAUAAUUUAGGGAAUCAGCAGCUGAGUUUGAUGAUGAGAGGUGGUGGUAUUGAUCAGAAUCCCAAGAGACUACGUGAAGAUCAUCAGCUAAUGGCCACCGGUGGUAGUGGUGGUGGUGGUGUGACUUUAAAUUUGCCUUCUACACAUCAUCACAACACUUCUUCAGGGUUAGAAGUGGGUCAUUUCCCGGCGGAAGUGAGUUCUCCGGCGAUUUUCCGGUGCGUUAGAGUGAGUGCAAUGGACGAAGCGGAGGAGCAGCUAGCAUAUCAAACGGCAGUCAACAUCGGCGGACAUCUUUUCAAGGGAAUUCUCUACGACCAUGGUCCGGAAGGUCGAUACAACCACCCAGCAGGUGGUGGUGAAAGUUCCUCCGCAGGUGGCGUUCAGCAUCAUCAACAACUUCACCUCAUUACUUCCGGCACGAUGGGGAUUCCCGCCACCACCACCACCUCCGUCAAUCCACAUGUCACUUCUAUUGAUCCUUCCUCCAUAUAUCCAGCUCCUCUCAACGCUUUCAUGGCGGGUACGCAAUUCUUCCCACCACCAAGAUCUUGAAAACAAAAAGCAAGAAAACAAUAAAAAAAAUUGCUAAUCGUUAGGGGAACUUUUAGAGAUGCAAUGGCAUGCUUUGAUCUUGAUUAUACCACAUUGGUUAUGUAGCUGCUAGCAUUCAACUAGGAGAAUUCAGAGAAACGUAGUGCAUGUAUGCAAAAUUUACAAAUCUGUGUAAUCAAAGAUUAUGUCUACAACCAUGAACUCCAUUGCAACAAUGUUAAUUAAUUUAAUUACCUGUUUCUAUG